AUGGCUAUAAAUUAUCAUAAUAUAGCGAAUAUCUUACGCCUGCAAGAAAACUAUACUAAUUGUCUUGAUUAUUAUGUACGAGCACAUAAAAUACGAGAAUGUUACUUACCACCAAACGAUACUGAUAUCGCUGAUAGUCUCUACAAUAUUGGAUUUACUUAUGACCAGCUUAAUCAACCGACACGUGCACUUGAACAUUUGAAAAAAGCGGCUGACAUCUAUAAAGGCUUGCCAACCGAAAUCUCAGCGUUUAAUAAAAUUCAAUGUCAUAUUCAAAGGCUUCUGCCUGAAAAAAGUUCUACAUGA